UCAAUGCUUUAUAUGUGUGAGAAUUUUCUUUUCGUUCUGUGGGACGUAGACCGAUGGAGGAUAACACUCACCCUCUUCUCACACCACUAGACCGCCAACAUGACCACCGUAACCCGCCACCAGCAACAGCUGUAUUCACAGUCGAAUCCGAUGAAAUCCCUCCGAUCACCGGCGCCGGAGACUUUGCAAGAGAGUUCCUCACAGAGUCAAAAAAGCUCUGGUACCUAGCCGGACCCGCCAUCUUCACCUCCAUCUCCCAGUACUCCCUCGGCGCCAUAACUCAGGUCUUCGCCGGCCACAUCGGCACCCUCGAACUCGCCGCGGUCUCCGUCGAGAACUCGGUCAUCGCCGGCUUCUGCUUAGGCGUCACGUUUGGGAUGGGAAGCGCGUUGGAAACGCUAUGUGGUCAAGCGUUUGGAGCAGGGCAACUAAAAAUGCUUGGAAUAUACAUGCAAAGAUCAUGGGUGAUUCUAAACGUCACCGCUUUGCUUCUGAGUCUUCUAUACAUCUUCGCGGAGCCGCUUCUGAAGCUGAUAGGGCAAACGGCGGCGAUAUCGGAGGCGGCGGGGGUGUUGGCACUGUGGAUGCUGCCGCAGUUGUUUGCGUACGCGAUGAACUAUCCCAUACAGAAGUUCUUGCAAGCACAGAGCAGGAUCAUGGCGAUGGCGUGGAUAGCGUUGGCGGCGUUGGUGCUGCACACGGUGUUCAGCUGGUUGCUCAUGCUGAAGCUAGGGUGGGGAUUGGUGGGUGCUGCGGUGGUGCUCAACUCGUCGUGGUGGUUCAUAGUGGUGGCUCAGCUUGUUUAUAUACUGAGUGGGACAUGUGGUGAAGCCUGGACUGGAUUUUCCUUCCAAGCCUUUCAGAAUCUUUGGGGUUUCGUUCGUCUCUCACUUGCUUCUGCUGUUAUGCUAUGCCUUGAAGUGUGGUAUUUUAUGGCUUUGAUUCUCUUCGCUGGAUAUUUAAAGAAUGCAGAAGUUUCAGUCGAUGCUUUGUCUAUAUGCACAAACAUAUUGGGGUGGACUAUCAUGGUAUCCUUUGGAAUGAACGCAGCCGUAAGCGUGAGAGUGUCAAAUGAAUUGGGAGCAAGUCACCCAAGAACGGCAAAAUUUUCACUUGUGGUUGCUGUGAUUACUUCGUUUGUGCUUGGUCUCUUAAUGUCGCUGGUUCUAAUCAUCUUCAGGAAGCAGUACCCUUCCUUGUUUUCAAAUGAUUCAGAAGUGAAAGAGCUUGUUGUGGAGCUAACACCCAUGUUGGCCUUUUGCAUUGUCAUCAAUAACGUGCAACCUGUUCUUUCAGGGGUUGCCAUUGGUGCAGGAUGGCAAACUGUUGUUGCUUACGUAAAUGUUGCUUGUUACUAUCUUUUUGGUAUUCCUCUUGGGCUUAUUUUGGGGUACAAGCUUGACAUGGGUGUCAUGGGGAUAUGGUCUGGAAUGCUGUCAGGGACCAUCCUACAAACUUGUGUUCUAUUCUUCAUGGUCUAUAAGACUGACUGGAAUAAAGAGGCAUCCCUUGCGGAAGAUAGGAUAAAGACAUGGGGUGGGCAUAAAGAUUCAAAUUUGAACGAUAAUGGGAAGAAUGAUCGAGAAACAUGAAAUUACUGCAAAUUCUAGCAGUAGAUUUGUACCAAUUUGUUUUCAAUUGAAGAAGAGAAUAUGGAAUCUUUAAAUCUAAAAGAUUCAAUUUUUUCUCAAGUUAAUCCUUCUUCUGUUUUUUUCUUCUUCUUCUUCUAUUAGAAGACAAU